AUGGUUUGUUUGUCCCGCCAAGUGGUGGCUCAGACCCCACUUUUAAGGCCAGGAACACAAGUGCAAACAUAUGUUGAAAAGAUGAUUGGCACUACAAAGAGGUUUGCACUUAAAUAACUUCUACUGAUAUGCUACGUACAUUUUUAACUGCUGCUUUUUUGUUGUUGUUUUUUUCUUCAUAUCUCUCCAUACUUUCCUUAACAAUUUCUUUUUUAUUAUAAUUUCUUCUACAUCACUUGCAUUAGGCUGAUUUUGCAAGAGAAUAGCAAUGUCAGUUGAUGACAGUGCACAUACCAACAAUAUCCAUAUAUGGUAAAUUGACAAAGGCGUGCGCAUAGAAAAUGCCUAUACAAUUUGGUAUUUUUUAUGCAUGUGCCUUCAUAGACUGCUUUUCCUGUACUCUUGCUAAGUCAGCCUAUAAUACUCAAAGUGUGACCACCAUUAAAAUGAUGCUUUAAAGUUGCCAUGUCUUAAGUUCUGAAGGGCAUGCCUUAACUUUUGUUUUUCAUGUCAUUUUAUAAGAUUUGUAGUUGGGCUGAAGCUAACUUCCUCACAAGCAUCGAGUGUACUUGGAAAACGGACUGUGCCAAGUAUCCCUGCAAACAUUGAGAAGGAUGUUGGUGAAAUCAUGCCAGGGGCGACACCAAUGAAUAGUGAGAAAGUAACCAGAAUGGCUUUUAAUGGGGAAGUCUUUUAUAGUGUUGAAUAUGGCAAGUUGAAGACCUGUGGCUAUUGUGUUGAGUACUUGACAAAACAUCAUUUUGGGGAAGUGCAGUAUUUCCUAUACUGUGUUGCUGCUGGAAAUGCUGUGGCAGUUAUUAAGCCUAUUCACCUUUUGGACAAGGCUUUUCCAACCCUGUCACUUGACAAGGAUUAUGACUGCCACAUACAAAGGGCAGUUGUAGAUAACAGGUAAAUGCAAAUCCUGUCAAUGUUGCAAAACACAAUAGAUAAUAAUGAUUAGGUAAAAAUUAUAUUCAACUAAUAAUACAUGUAUGUACCUGAACAUACAGGCAUUCAUACAUGUACAUGGAGUCAUGUACAUAAUAAUACAUGCUAUAAAUAUUCAUGUUUAUAAUCCAUCAAAUAUUUUAGGUUGUUUAAGACAGAUCUAAACAUGUCACAUGAGUAGAUAUGCCCCAGCGGAAACCCUAUUAGGCAUGUAGUAUGUAGGUCUACAUCUUAAUCCAAUAUGUUAAUUUCUAUAAUUUGCCUUCUUUCUGUAUUAUUUUUCAGCUUUAAAGUGAUUCCUGUGACAUAUAUCAUCAGAAAAGCAGCACUUUUGGAAGGAAAACAAAAACAGUUGCUUUGUAGCCAGCGUGCCAAACCGAUAUGA